AUGUCACGAAUAACGUCGCCAGCAAUGAUAUUGACUGCAGGCAUACCUCGAUCAAAUAUCGAACCACUGAAACUGCCAUUGUUUUCACUGCUGCAGCUGCCAGUAAUGUCGCAAACAACAAUAUCACAUAAGAAGACCUCCAUCGAGGCUGCAGACCACGACAAAUCGCAAUUACAUGGAAUGACGUUGGGGUCCGUUUGCUCCCUCUCAGUUUUCCCCACUCCGCUUCUCCAAUUCAAUCUACAUUUGCCAUCAUAUACAUCUGAUAAUUUACACAAGUUCAAGUACUUGGCGAUCCAUCUGAUGCCGCCAACGCAUCGGAGUGCUUAUUUGAGCAGGAUAUUUGCCAAAGGUAAGAAAAUUGAUAUGAGGGGAAAGAAGUGGACACCCUUGGGGAGUAAACUCGUGCAACAGCAGCAGCAGCCGCCGCCGCCGCAGCAGCAGCAGCAUCAGAAAAAGAAGCAGCGGCAGAAGCAAGUUGAAGAAGAUAAAGUGGAUGGUGAAGUAUUUCACGAAAUGACAGUACCGUUCCAAGAGUUGGACUUUGGUAUAGAUUACCGAUUUCAGAGCGUGAAUAUUAGCGAAAUAUCUGAUACAUUGAUCAACGAGGAUAACCAUCCAGCUGGUCUGGAGGAUUUUAUUGAUAUUCCAGUAUUGAACGAAGCUGAGCUGAUUAUGAUUUGCAAAUGUCGCCAAAACUUGGAAGUGGAUCAACAUGAAGUGUGGAUCGUGGAAGUAUUACAGAUUGUAACAAACGCCAAGUACAACCAUUCAAAAACCGGAGGAUUAUUGUAUUUCAACCAAGGGUUUCAUCGUGUGGGAGAAGCAAUUACGGAGAAUGAAAGUGAAAAACAUAGAAAAAGGUGA